AUGGUGACACUCUACGAUCUGGUCUUCAUCACCAUCAGUCACAACGUAUCCUUCAUCGGCAAAGUGUGGUGGGUUCUGAUGGUUCUGGGCCGCGUUCUGGUGCUGUGUCUGGGCGCCUCGAGCCUCUUCCAAGACGACCAGGCGAGGUUUGUGUGCAACAGCCUCCAGCCGGGCUGCUCGGUGGUCUGCUUUGACGUCUUGUCUCCGGUGUGUCUUCUGCGCCUGUGGCUCUUCCAGCUCAUCCUGCUGUGUUUGCCCCACAUCCUGUUCGCCACCUACGUCACCCACAGAACCACCGCUGGCUACCCAGGUGGAGGGGUGCCGAGGUUCUCCUGCGCCUACGUCGUCGCCGUCAUUCUUCGCAUCCUUCUGGAAGUGUCUUUUGGUGCGGGACAGUUCUUCCUUUUUGGUUUGUCCAUCCCGAAGAGCGUGCUGUGCUACGAGGCCCCCUGCAGCUCGGGGGUGGAGUGCUUCGUCUCCAGACCUACAGAGAAGACCCUGAUGCUCCACCUGAUGCUGGCCUUGGCAUCCUUGUCAGCCAUGUUGAGUCUGCUGGACUUGGUCUGCACAAUCAAAGCCACGCUGAGCCGGAGGAGAGCGAGACACAUGCUGAGUGACCAGCUGUGCAAAGGAGAACAAGGUAGCGUCCCUGAUGGGCUCCUAACCCAAAGAACAAGCACCAGCGGAACCUCCAUGAACGACCACAAGGAGGAGCCGCCUCUUCCAAACGGUCAACUCAAGAAGCUUCAAGAUCGCAGGCAAGCUCAGACGGACGUAUCGCCUUUCUCUGUGAUGCACUUUGUCCUCCACGACCAGGCCAGAUCUCCCGUGUCGCUCUGCAGCAGACCUGCAACACCCAAAGAGCCGGGCCGGGUCAGGUCCAGUAACAACUGGUCUGCCAAAGACAAGAGGGCGUGGGUUUGA